AUGGCCGCAAGGAAAAUUCGGAUCGCUUUGCUUCUCUUUGGCAUUGCGAUUGCCGAGACAGAUUUCUCGGUCACUAAUACGGAAAAUUGGGGUUGGAAUGAGUCCGCAUGGAGUCUGACCACGACCAAAUACCAACCAGGUCAAUACCAAGCGCGGAUGUCUUUAGCGAAUGGGUACUUUGGUUCUUCGCUCGCUUCUGCCGGCCCGUUUUUCGAAGUCGACAAGAAUCAGACUGAUCCGAAUGGCACCCAGCCUCUUAAUGGAUGGCCUCUAUUCAACCCGAGAAUCGCCUUCUCAACUGUCUCCGGUUUGUAUGACGUGCAGCGAAACGGCACUGGCACCAACUAUCCAUGGCUGAACCAGUAUGGAUGGGAGUCUUUUAUUGCAGGCAUCGUUCAUCCUACUGCAAUUCAAUUCACGUUUGGUGAUAAGUAUCUGGAUGCUACAGUCUCAAACGCCAGCAUCUCGAAUUUUAAAUCCACUCAUGCAUUUCGCACUGGUUUGGGGAGCUGGAGCUAUACCUGGAGCCCAGAAGGCUGUGGCGCCUCGUUCAAUGUAUCUUUCGAUGUCAUCUUCAGCGUUGUUCGUCCAAAUGUAGCUGCCGUCAAGGCCACAAUUACAUCGUCCACCGAUUUCAAUGGCACCGUUACAGAUUUGCUUGAUGGUAGGGGCGCUGUACGUGCCUAUCUCAAUGCCAAGGGGAUCGACGGAAAUGGCACCAUUUAUACUUCAGUUCAUCCUGAUGGUCGGGCCAACGUUACGGCAUAUGUUGUCUCGGGUCUUGACGCCUCGAAAGGCUAUGCGGAUAUCUCGUCAGCGAGAGCGGCAUCUGGUCCGGGUAUCCCGACAAAUGAUUCAACCAUCGCUCAAAGUUGGGACAUUAGCUUGAAGGCUGGCGAGACUGCCACUUUCUACAAGUAUGUCGGUGUUGCUUCGACUGAGAAGUUUCCAGAAGCUCAAGCUGUAGCUCGCAACGCCCAGUUAGAGGCCCAGACAGCAGGAUGGGAUGCUCUUCUAGAGGAACAUGUUGCUGGAUGGGCCCAGAAACUACGACAAGAGGAUGUCGAUGAUUUCAGGGACCCUGUGACUGGGGAACUGCCAACCGAUAUCAAUAACCUGAUUGAACACGUUUUAUCGGUUGCGAAUAACUAUUAUAUUCUCCAAAACAUCCAACCUGAUGGAAGUGGUUUGAAUGACAAUAGUAUUGCCGUCGGCGGUCUGACAUCUGACUCGUAUGCAGGACUCAUCUUCUGGGACGCGGAUUACUGGAUGGCGCCAGGUCUGAACCUUAAUUAUCCAAAUAUGGCCAAACAAAUUCCCAAUUUCCGUGUCAAGCAGCAUGCUCAAGCUCUCGAAAAUGCCAAGUUUAACGGCUUUGGUGAAGGAGCAUCGCUUUACUCUUGGACAGCUGGAGGCUACGGUAACUGUACUGGGACGGGGCCAUGCGUUGAUUACGAGUAUCAUCUAAAUGCUGAUAUCACGAACAACAUGAUUCAACUCAGGAAUACCACGGGGAAUGAGACUUGGUUCAAUAAUGGGCCGCUGCAAGUACUGAACAGCACUGCAAUUAUGUUUUCAGAGCUAUUGGACUAUAAUGAAACUACGAGGACUUACUGGAUCAAGAACAUGACCGAUCCGGAUGAAUAUGCGAACAACAAAGACAAUGGCGCCUUCACCAUGGCUUCCGCUGGCGAAACAUUGAAGCAAGCGAACUGGUACCUCAGGACAGCCCUUGGGCUACUAAUGAACAACACGUGGUUAGACCAAGAAGAGAACAUCCAGUAUCCAAGAGCCGAAUCUGGAAUUACGAAAGAGUACGAAACGAUGAACAAUUCGGUCGAGGUCAAGCAAGCGGAUGUUGUGCUAAACGGUUAUCCUUUGGGCUAUAUCGACUCCAAUUACACUGAUAAUCAAAAACUAUUGGAUCUUGACUACUACGCAAACAAGCAGUCCCCAGACGGUCCAGCAAUGACCUACGCAAUCUUUGCAAUCAAUGCAAAUGCUCUGUCGAAGUCUGGAUGUUCAACAUACACUUAUAGUGCGGGUGGAUCUCAACCAUACGCACGCGGGCCAUUUUUCCAGUUCUCCGAGCAGAACAAUGACAACAUUGCCACCAAUGGCAAUCAAAACCCAGCUUUCCCGUUCUUGACUGGUCACGGGGGUGCGAACCAAGUGAAUCCUUUUGGUUUCUUGGGCAUUCGGACUAAUCAGCAAGUGCUCUUCAUCAACCCCUCGCUUCCGCCUCAAAUCCCCCAUCUUCGCAUACGACAUUUCCACUAUGCAGGUGCCACAAUCGCAGCUUUCAUGAAUACCACAUACACGACGAUUACCAGGCUCGCCACACCUCCCCAUGCUGGCUUGAAUGACCAAUAUGGCAGCAACCCCAUGCCAAUCAUCGUCGGCUCACCAAACGGAAAUUCCAGUGCCUGGAAGGUCCUCUCCCUCGGAGUCAACGAGACAGUAUAUGUUCCGAAUCGACUGUAUUGGAAGAAUUUGACCGUGCCUGGGAACCUUCUUCAAUGUCUUCCGACCACUUCCGAGGACAAGUAUGCACCAGGGCAAUUCCCUCUUGCCGCCAUUGAUGGCGCAUCCGCAACACGCUGGCAGCCAUCCACCAAUGAGUCGUCCUCCAUUGUGGUCAACAUGACAGGUACUCCACCUACCACGAUUAGCAGUGUAUCAUUUGACUGGGGAGCUCGACCUCCUCGUUCUGCAGUCGUAGAAAUCGGUAAUAUGAUAAACGGAGAGAUCGUGUACGGGAACGGUGUCGUCGCAUUCAACAUUACCAACAUCACACCUAGCCUGCCCUUCAAUGAAACUGAAGCAUUAGCUAGUGGCGACAAGGUGGUUCCCGUGUUGAGCAACACAACGCAGGUCGCGACUGCGGGUGACACACAGUCGGCUGAUUAUGUGAGGUUGACCAUUUCUGGAUGCUGGGAGGAAGACGGUAAAGGGGCUACUGUUGGAGAGUUCAAUCUUCUUCACAGUUGA